AUCUCAUUAAUUUCCCCUUACUUUCUAACUUUUAUUCUGAAACGACUCCGCCGGAUGUUGUUGUCAGGUGACUUGGUUCCUCUUCCUUGAAUCGUUCUACAAAAUAAGUCUCCACAGUUAGCCUUUUUUUCUUUGGAAAAUAUUUUUAAAAUGUCAGCAAAACCAACAUGUUUAAUAGUGACCAGUGCUUCUCCUCAAGGGGUUUCGGCAAAGUCAUUCCUGCAGUGCUUCAGUCUUUGCAGCUCCACGUUUAAUCUCCAGAUCGCCACACCAGGGGGGAAACCCAUAGACUUCGUUGGAGUUGACGACACCACGGCUCGGUGGGUGCAGGACUUCAACCUGAAAUCAUAUGCAACCCCUGCCAAACUUGAAUCUAUAGAUGGUGCCAGAUACCAAGCGCUGCUCAUCCCAGACUGUCCUGGAGCACUAAAUGACCUGGCACACAGCGGUUCGAUGCACCGUAUCCUCACGCAGUUCAUCUCCCAGCAAAAGGUGGUAUGCGCUGUGGGACAAGGAGUGUCUGCAUUGUGUUGCGCCACUGAGGGGCAAAAGUGGAUUUUCAGUGGCUACAGCUUAACAGGACCGUCAGUGUUUGAACUGGUGCGGGAGCCCGACUUCGCUAACCUGCCCAUGAUUGUGGAAGAUUUUGUCAAAGACAGUGGCGGAUCUUACACAGGAAGUCAAGAAGAUGCCGUGCACGUAGUCAUAGACAGACACCUCAUAACUGGACAGAACAUGCAGUCAACGUCACUUGCUGUGAAUAAUCUCAUCCUCCUUUGCAAUGCUAAAUAAAAGCUGCAACGUGGACAUUUGAAAACAUUUAUCUCGGGCAAAUGACAAAAAAAAAUUACCAUUGUAUAUAACAAACAAAUGACUAGAAUCCACAAAAUCUACCCUUCAGAUGAUUAUUAAAAAAUGGAUGAGCACAAAUUAACAGGUCUCCUAGUAACAACUGGAGAGUUACUGCAGGCAUCAGUGGUGUGUGAACAAGGACAAGCUUUUCAUUUUAAUGCGUACAUUCUGAUGAUCAUGCAUCUUUCUGUGGAAAAGAAUUAUUGCACUUUCAACAAAUCACAAUAAAGUACCCAAAAUUC